AUGUCGGCCACCACGACGCAGCCUCCCCCAAAGGGGCGUAACGUCAAUGCUCAACAAGAAGCAUCAACCUCGGGGUCCGGCUCAGAAACGGCCGUUAUAGACGAGAAAGGCGACCAUCACUCCUCGGCCAACCACAAUGACAGCCGCCCUGGCGCUGUCGGCGCCAAGCGAGAGCUUACCGCCCAGGAGUGCGAGAGCGAGUUGGCAUUUGCGUAUCCAGAGCUGAAGAAGUGGUGGAUCCUGACCGUCAUCUUCCUGGUCCAGACGUCCAUGAAUUUCAACACCUCCCUCUACUCCAAUGGCUUGGCUGGAAUCUCCGAGGAGUUCCAGGUCAGUGAGCAGGUCGCCCGUCUCGGUGCCGCCCUCUUCCUCAUCCUCUACGCCUUUGGCUGCGAGCUCUGGGCCCCUUGGUCCGAGGAGUUUGGUCGCAAACCCAUAAUGCAGGCCUCCCUCUUCCUUGUCAACAUCUGGACCCUGCCUGUCGCCCUCGCCCCCAACUUUGCCAGUGUCAUCGUCGGCCGCUGUCUCGGUGGUCUCUCUUCUGCUGGUGGCAGCGUCACCCUCGGCAUGAUCGCCGACAUGUUUGACUCGGAUCACCAGCAAUACGCCGUCGCCUACAUCGUCUUCUCCUCGGUCGGUGGCUCCAUCCUCGGACCCAUUGUUGGCGGCUUCGUCCAGCAGUUCAUGCCCUGGCGGUGGUGCAUCUGGAUCCAGCUCAUCUUCGGUGGCUUUGUCCAGAUCCUGCACCUGAUCACUGUCCCCGAGACGCGCACCACAAUCAUGAUCGACCACAUCGCCAAGAAGCGCAGGAAGAAUGGCGAAGACGUCUGGGGCCCCAACGAGAUCGAGCCCUUCCGUGAGCGCUUCACCUGGGGCGAGCUCAUGCACACCUGGACCCGUCCAUUCUCCAUGUUCCUUACCGAGCCCAUCGUCCUGGUCUUGUCGCUCCUGUCGGGUUUCGCGGAUGCUCUCAUCUUCAUGCAGAUCCAGUCCUUCAGUCUUGUCUACACACAGUGGAAUUUCAACGAUUACGACAUUGGCCUGGCCUUCAUCCCCAUCGGAAUCGGCUAUGUCAUUGCCUGGCUCUCAUUUAUCCCCGCCAUCAGGCGAAACACGCACGCGCGGAGAGCAAGGCCUGACGAUGAGCACGCGCAGUACGAGUCCCGCCUUUGGUGGCUUCUCUUUCUCGCGCCGUGCCUUCCUCUUGGCCUCUUCAUCUUCGCAUUCACUUGCAACGGGCCCCCAAUCCACUGGGUCGGCUCCAUGUUUGCGAGUGCCAUUAUCGGCAUUGCCAACUAUGCCAUCUACAUGGCCACCAUCGACUACAUGAUAUGCGCGUAUGGUCCUUACUCUGCCUCCGCCACCGGUGGCAACGGCUGGGCUCGCGAUUUCCUGGCUGGUGUGCUCACCUGCGCAGCCACCCCUUUCUACGAAAACAUCCCAGGACAGAACGGAAAGCCCCUGUUCAACGCAUCCAUCAUUCUCUUCUGCAUCUCGUUUCUGCUCGUCAUCGCCGUCUAUGUCAUUUACUGGAAGGGCCCUGUACUGCGCAAGAGAUCACCAUUUGCCGAGAGCCUUGCCAAGGGCGUCGAUACCGAAAGACAGCGCCGCCCAUCCACGGCCACGGGUCCCCCGCCGCCGGCUAUCAACGAGAAGGAGAAGCAGCCAGGGCAAGGUGCUAUGACCCCAGGAGGUACCCAUCGUGCUCAGCGGCCACACUUCGGCCCUGGCUCCCGCACCAGCUCCUACAGUGCCGCCAAGGACGCCGCUUCACGGAAUCAUUCACGCCACGCGUCCAGAGCGGCCUCAAGAGCGCACAGCUUUGAGGAAGACAGAGAUGGCGAGACCAACCCCUAUGCCUCACCACCUUCCGGAAGGCGGACCCCCGGGAGUCGCACGCCUGGGACUCGAACGCCUCGCACAUCUGGCGCAACUGCGGAACAUGUCCACCCCCAGCAACUUCACAGCAGACUGGCACCCCUGGCCAAGAUUGAGUCCGAGCAACCGUAG